AACCCCGCAUUUUAUCCCAGUUUAUCCGUGUUUGGUCCGGUUUGAGCCGGUGCAGAUGAAGAAACGGCCCCGGUACUUCACCCCCGCGGAGGUGGCCUCUCACUUCACGUCGGGCGACCUGUGGGUGUCCUUCCUGGGCAAAGUGUGCGACCUGACCCCGCUGAUGAAGCAGCACUCAGGUGACGUGCUGCUGCUGCCCAUCAUGGAGUGUGCUGGGAAGGACAUCAGCAGCUGGUUCGACCCAAAGACCAGAGAUAUCCUGAGGUUUGUGGACCCUGUGACGUGCUGCGAGCGGUACUACACCCCCAGGGGGCGCUUCGUGCACACGCCGCCCAGCGGGCCGCGCUCCGACUGGAACACGGACCUGGGCCAGCCCUGGUGGAAGGACCGCCGCUACGAGGUGGGGCUGCUGUCAGCCAAGACGCGCUGGAUCCGCGUCGUCAACACGCUGACGUCACAGGAGCAGCUGCUGGAGGUGUGCUCGGAGGAGACCCUGGAGGAGAUCCUGCAGCGCUACCUGCACCACAACGCCCACGCCAACAGCUACACCUGGAAGUACCACGGAGUCGUCCUGGACAUGCAGAAGACGCUGAGCGACAACGGCGUCAUGGACGACGACCUGGAGCUGGAGCAGCUCAGGAUGGACCGCGACCUCUUCGUCCCCGCCAUCCUGCUCUACUUCAACGACGACCUCACCGAGGGGUGACGUCAUCGCUGUGACAUCACAUUAAACCUGCUGACAGGUCCUGUGAUCUGAA